UUUGACGUUUAAUUUCCGGACUACAACUUCCUGUUAUUUUUUCAAUGAAAGACACGUAAUCGCGAAUUAUUGACUGUCAUUUAAAUUUAGAAAUCAGUGAAAAUGGACGCUGACGACGGGGUUGAUAUAGAAGAUGUGAAUGAUGGGAAUUUUAUUCCUAAAAAUGAGGACCCUGAAUUUGUGACUGGACUCUUCAGCACAGGUUUAGGAAUUCUGCAGCAGUAUGGCUGGUUUGUUUUGCUGGGAAUUCUCAUUCUGAUCUACAUAAAAUCUAAACUGAACCCAAAAAUUCGGGAAAUGAAAUCCAAGGCAGAAGACAUCAGUUACCAGAAAAAGUAUGACCCAGACACAGCUCAGAAGAGACUAGAGUCUAUGGAGAGGGCCAGGAUGAGGCUCCAAGAGGAACAUGAUGCUAAGGCUGCCAUGUUUGCUGAGCAGCAGAGACAGAGGGAAGAAGAGAAAAGAAAACAGAAAAUAGAAGAAUGGGACAGUCUUCAAGAGGGGAAAGGUUACAGGUCAAAGGUUAAACCAAAAGACGAUUCUUCAGAGACAAGUCAAAAUAAACUUAAGCCAAAACCAAAAUUACGUCAAAGUGAUUAUAAUCCUCUAAUGGGUGGAGGCGGUACUGGGUACAGACCGGCAAGACGGACUGGAGGAGGAUGAGGUUAACUAGUGUAUCUUGGGAACAACCACGUGAUUUAAAUGCAUCACGUGGUGAUAUCCUUAGAUACAUGUUUCCCCUUGAUUUACUUCCCUUUUCUCUGAAGAAUUUACAACUUGUGAAUGCUGAACAGGAUAGCAAAAUUGCUUCAAUUAUGCAAAUAACACUCAGGAGUUAGAAAUAUUUAUGUUAUUAAGGAUUGUUGAAAUAAGUUUAUAGGUAGCUUUCGAGUAUCGGCAGUGAUGUGUGAAUGUGCUGAAGGAAAAUUGUGGAUUUUUACGGUGUUAAAAGAACACGGACGCAUUAAAGUAGUCGUAAAAUAGUAAACCUCACCUGCGGCGGCUACUCGAAAAAUAAGGCGAGUCUGAUUGAUUUCAUAAUUCUAAUACUUGCACUUUGUAAUUAAAUUUUAUAUCUGAAUAAUAGGUCUGAUCUAUUUUAUCAUUUCCAUAACUAAUAAAAAUGUCGUUCGUAUACAAGAAUGAAGAUUCUCGGGGCAAAAAAAUGUUUCUUGGGAUUGUUCAUUUUUGGAAGUCUUAAAUAUAGUUUGAGAGCGGUGUUAGAUUUGUAUAAACGUUAUCCUGUGUCGCCAUCGUAAACAAGGGGAUGUUAUACCCUAACAAUGUAACUUGAUGUCAUCAAGUGUUAUGAAGCAUCAUCUGGAAAGAGAUCCAGAUCUCCGAGAUAAUGUUGAAGAUUGCUUUGUUACUGUAUAACAACAUUGAUACUUUAAAGUUUUUAUCUAAUGUGAAAUAAAAGUCUCAACUGUUUUAA